AUGGCGAAAGCCAAAAUCAUGAGGGAUGCCGACCUGCUCAAGCUGCUUCGGUCUGUACGGCCAUUGAAUGACGACGGGUCCUUGAAGACGCAUGUGGACCUUCAUCGCUGCAUACGAGUCUGGCUGACGCUUACCGAAGCGGGCGUACUCAGUGAGCACCUGUCAAGGAUGCUGCUCUUGCGCCUGUGUGAGUGUGGCAAAGCUGGAGUUGCCUUGGGAAUGGCCCUGGCUGAGCCAUGGCUCCUUUGGCGAUACAACGGAAGUGUUCAGCUGGCCUUUGCCAUGGAGGAGCUCUGGAAGCAUCUCUGGAAGAGAGGUCAGCUGAACAAAAGCUCGGAUCUGAAGGUGGUGCCGAUCCUCCAGGGACGCGCGUCUGGGCUGGCCGACCUGUCUGCACAGCUCCAAGCACAGCGGCGAGAGCUGCUGCUGAAAGGCCCCCUGGAAGCGCUGCACUUGGCGCAGCGCAUUCUGGAGCAGGAGCAGGUUGGCACGGCUAUGGAGCCCGGGGCUCCGGAUGCAGAAGCCGCGCGGGUGGCCACGGUGCUCUGUGUGAUUCCCAGCCCGGCAUUGGUGGUCCUGGCGCGGCAGGGGCUAUUUACGAUUCUUCUUCGGCGGUGCAGCGCUGCGCCAGCUCCCCUGGCUGCUGCUUUGCAGGUCUGCGCUUUGGGAGUCAGUCUGUCACUCGCGUGGUCACCCAAGUCCGUGGAGGGCUCCGCGCAACCUGAAAGCUCUGAGCAGGACUCACUGGGCAAGUGCCUGACGGCAGCUGCUGAUCAGCUGGAGCGCAUCAGCUACCCCAAGGUGCCUCGAAUCCAGGAGCAAGCAGACAUGAAGGAGAUCUU